AUGAUUUCCAAGAAAUUAGAAAAAAUAAUAACAAUAGAAAAUGAACAAAACUUAUCUUUAUCUUCUGGAAAUAAUUCUGAAGCUGAAACCGUGCCAUCAAUAUCAACAACACCGUCGGCUUCAAGUGCUAAUAGUUUGGUUCAGAAAAAACGAAAGCCCAUUUAUAACACCUCUGCUGAGACAAGCAUUAAGUCUCGUAGCAAUCUCAAAAUAACUGAUUAUUCAAAGGUCGUGCCUCCAUGUCCACCAAAACGGCAAGAACUUAUUACACAAGCACUUGUCUCCUUUAUUAUAAAAUUUGUUCAGCCGUUAUAUAUUCUACAAAACACAUCCUUUCGUGAACUCCUUCCUACUUGCGAGCCUGGUUAUAGAAUCCCAUGUAACAAAACAGUUAAAGCCUUAAUUUAUGAUUCAUUUUUGUGGAGCAAGGAGCAGCUUUGUUCACUUUUAAGUAAUUCUAUGUAUUGUACUUUAAGCCUUGUCUACCCCUAUGUAGAAUUAUUAAAAAAAGUAUUUGCUCCUAAGCAUAAAAAAGGAGAAAGCUAUGACACAUAUCUUAACUUAAUAUAUGGACAACAAUGUGAAGAUGGUGAUGAAGAAGAAUCUGAUAGUUCAGUUAGUGAUAAUGAUAAAAUUCCAUCUGGUGCAAAAGAUCCUAAAAAUGAAAUAAAUUUAGAUGAGUUUAGUCAAAUCGAAUUGUUACCGGCUGCUAAUACUGUUGGUUUUUUUCAAAAAGUCCGAGUAGCAAUCUUCUUAUCAUUAGAUGAAUUAUGGUCUGCACCAUCAGAUUUAGCUCGAAUCACAACAAUUUUGGACCCCCGAUUUAAAGACUUUAAGUGGGAUGAUACAUUUGAAGAAAGAGAAAAGUCUCUCGAACUACUACAAAAUCCAUAUGAUUCCAUAAAAGAGGAUCCCCAACCCAGAGAUAAGUGUAUGCAAAAACAACCGACUUUUUAUGAUUAUUCAGAUGAUGACGAUUUUUUUAAAGCUUUAGAAAAUGAAGUGGGUAGUAGUGAAUCUACAGCUUAG